CCUGCCUGCCUUCUUCCCUCGAGGCGGGCUGAGGCGGGGAGGAGCCUUCAUUGUGCGUGAGGGGGCCAACCAGCCAGGCCGGACUUGUUCUCCCUCUGCUGCUGCUGCCGCUGCCUCUUGUACCGCCUCAGCGAGGGAGGGAGCCGUCCAUUCGGAGCCUGCCUCCCCCCCCCCCCGCGCCGCGUCCAACCCCCUUCGCCGCCUCAGCAGCAUGUCGGGCCGGUCGGUGCGGGCCGAAACCCGCAGCCGCGCCAAGGAUGAUAUCAAGCGGGUGAUGGCCGCCAUCGAGAAAGUCCGCAAAUGGGAGAAGAAGUGGGUGACAGUUGGUGACACGUCUCUCAGGAUUUACAAAUGGGUGCCAGUAACAGAGCCCAAGGUAGAUGAUAAAACCAAGAACAAGAAAAAGGGCAAAGAUGAAAAGUGUGGUUCUGAGGUUACGACUCCAGAAAACAGCUCAUCUCCUGGGAUGAUGGAUAUGCAUGAUGACAAUAGCAACCAGAGUUCAAUAGCGGAUGUUUCGCCCAUAAAGCAGGAGAACAGCAGCAAUUCGAGUCCUGCUCCAGAGCAGAAUUCAACGGGGCAGGCUGAAGGCACUGGGGCCAAGUCCGAUGACACUCAAGGAGAUGCAAAAGAAGAGCCAGGUUCAGAAGAUGCUUCGGAUGAACAAACUUCUCAGUCUUCAAUGGAAAACUCCAUUAAUAGUUCAGAGAAAGUGGAAACUGAGCCUUCGGCAGAGAAUGACAUAACCACAGAGGCAUCUAAAAACUCUCAGGACUCUGAAGGAGCACCGCCUUCCAAAAAGAUGAAAGUAGAGGCUUCCUCUCAACAAAAUGUUGACGAAAUAUAAACUCUAGAUUUUUUUCCUGGCCAGUUUUUAUGUAAGGUACACCAGUGGGCUAAAUUAUAGAACAACUAUAAUUAAGUAUCUUCUCUUGGAUGAAGACAGAAUUCCUAGGAACUUUGCAAGUUUAUCCAGCGGAAAUCCAAGAAAACCAAGCAAAGGCUUAAAUCUUUUUUUCAGACACUGAAAACUUCUUUUCCUGUGAAGCAAAACCGUUGAGAAUUUUAAGUUAACUGUCUCUGAAAUGGUUGGAGUGAACAACUCAGGAGGGGUCGACGCACUGUUUCUAAUGUCAGAUUUACCAUUAUGUUGCUGCUGUAUUUUUUGUUUUGUUUCCAUUCUCUAUUUAACAUUAUAAGAUAUUUAAGGAUGGUACAGGUCAGAUAUUCUCUUCUCAUGUGAAGCUCAUUGUUCAGAUGUGAUGUCUGCUUUUCGUUUCUUUUUUGUGCCUUGUGUCCCAAAACAAAAAGAAACCAGUGCUCAUUUUAAGCUUGUUUUUUGGGCAACAGUCUCCUUUGCAAAGUGGCUGAUGUCUGAUGCUGCAUAGGAAGUGAUUAGCUGGGGGCCCUCCUCCCUCAGUUUGGUGCUUAUUCCUCUGACAUGAGAGAGAACAGAGGGGAAACCAGGAAGCCAUUUUCACUGUUGGAGGCUAGUGUCAUGGAUUUGAGAUGGAUUUUUCCUGUAUUUACAGGGAUAAUUUAUAUCUGAAUGUGUUGUAUGAGAGCCGUGAAGAAUUUCUCCUGUUGUGCAUUGCACAUGGAAAUAAAUGCGCGGAAAAUAUAGUUUGCUUUGGAGAAAUUCAUGGUGAAAUACAUCCUUCUGGCUGUUUUCUGAAGUAUCUGUGCUCUGCUCUUUGUUUCAUUAGUGAUGACUUGGAUAAUUCUUGAAACACAUGAUGCUUUUUUUUAAAGUACAAGAUUGAGAUAUCUAUACCUGAGCAUUUUGAAGAGUCGUUUGUUAUAAAUGCAGGCUUGAAUUGACACACACAUUAGGGCUGAUGGUUGCUUUUAAUUCUUAAAUUUGGUUUUCGCAAAACGGGAUUUCCUUGCACUGUUCUCCAACCAGCUCUUCACUGAUGCAUAUUCCAGCCUGUACUGUACUUGAAGCUUCUUUCUGUUUCAAGGGGAGUUUGUAAAUACACUUUUCUUACUUCCACAUUCUGUUCUUCAGAUAUCUGUUUCAGAUAAGUUUUUCAUGUCUGUGGGCUUUGCGGGGUGACAGAUGGGGCGGAAAACAGGUUAGAACUGUCUGUAAAUAUGUGGUGCUUGAUACCUGUUGGAAUAGAAGGAAUCCCCCCAAAUCAUGACCGAUUCUCCCUGAAAUCAAGGCACCUUUAGUUUUAGCGGUUUCCCGCGUUCUCAGUGGGACUUGGACUAUGCUCAGCCUUUUGCACAACUUCAUACAGUUUUCCCUGAUGGCUGUGGAAAAUUAGAAAGACUCAAAUAAUUACAGAUGCCUUCGAGGAAAAGACAAGCCUCAUAGCCAGGAAGCCACCUAUGAAAUAAAGACAUGGUAAGAUCGUCUUUGUAUUGGAAGUGCCAGGUGACUUUUCAGAAUCAUCGAUUCUCUUCCUAUCCAAACUGUUCACUUACUAACCUUUCUUUCUGGUCUUUCCAAUGGUGAAAAUGGCUUGGUUGUUUUUUGGGUUUUUUUAAAGUACUGUGUUGCAUUUUCAAGGAAUUAUUGGAGGGGGGGAUGGAAGCAAUGGAAGUGUAACUCAGGCCUUCCGUAAAACGUUUGUGGGAAAUGACAAAACAGUUACCGUAUGCACGAGAAUCUCUUCUCUUCUGACAUUGAAAUAAACAUUGUGAAUCUCAUCAAAA